AUGUCCGCUGUCACUCCGUCUCUGAACGAACAGCACGUCCUCCAGCGGAACCGUGAUUUCCUCACGGGAGACACAGGGCGAUGGCAGACGGCAGACUCAGCGGCUCGUCCUCCCCGUACUCCCCACACUGCGGACCGGGAGCCCAGGAGGCAGGCCGCUCCACAGGAAGGGCCCCGGUGGCCUGAGGUGGACGACCCCACGACCAGGCAGCCCCAGCUGGACGACUGCGAGCGCAUGGGGACUCUGUUUGGGAUGAUCAACAAAUGUCUACGCGGCGUCGGCUUCAGCCAGAUGUACUUUGGGGACAAAAUAGUGGAACCCGUGGUCAUUGUGGUCUUUUGGAUGCUGCUGUGGUUUUUGGGAAUUCAAGCGCUCGGACUUGUGGGAACUUUAUGCAUAAUUAUCAUUUACAUCCAGGACUAG